AUGUGCUACGACCGCUAUGUGUCCAUCUGCAAACCCCUGCACUAUGGGACCCUCCUGGGCAGCAGAGCUUGUGCCCACAUGGCAGCAGCUGCCUGGGCCACUGCCUUUCUCUAUUCACUGCUGCACACGGCCAAUACAUUUUCCCUGCCCCUGUGCAAAGGAAAUGCCUUGGAUCAGUUCUUCUGUGAAAUCCCUCAGAUCCUCAAGCUGUCCUGCUCUAAAUCCUAUCUCAGGGAACUCGGGGUCAUUGCAGUUAGUGUUUGUUUAGUAUUUGGCUGUUUUGUGUUCAUUGUUUUUUCCUAUGUGCAGAUCUUCAGGGCUGUGCUGAGGAUCCCCUCUGAGCAGGGUCGGAACAAAGCGUUUUCCACCUGCCUCCCUCACCUGGCUGUGGUCUCUCUGUUGGUCAGCACUGUAGCAGUUGCCUACCUGAAGCCCCCCUCCAUCUCCUCCCCAUCCCUGGAUCUAACAGUGUCAGUUCUGUACUCAGUGGUGCCUCCAGCCCUGAACCCCUUCAUCUACAGCCUGAGGAACCAGGAGCUCAAGGCUGAAGUGUGGAGACUGAUGACUGGAUGCUUUCAGGAACAUUAA